AUGACUGCGGUCCCAACUGCGGGCAGUGGAGGACCGGCCAUGGAGGUGAACUGUGAGGAAUCGGAGAAAGUACUUGUCGGAUCUGACCCUGAGAGAUUUUUUCAAAUUGGUUCGGAACUACCGCCCCAAGAGAAGUCAGCACUGAUUGCUUUUCUCCGACAGAAUGUAGAUAUGUUUGCUUGGGACCCCUAUGAGGCCCCCGGGGUCGACCCAGAUUUCAUCUGCCACCACCUUAAUGUGAACCCGACUAUAACACCUAAGAGGCAGGCUCCUCGACGACCGUCGAAAGAACAUACCGACGCCGUAAGGGAAGAGGUCGCAAGAUUGAAGAAAGCAGGGGCUAUCAAAGAGGUCUUCUAUCCCGAAUGGAUGUUUGAACAGCAGAUGGGUAAAAGCGUUGAAGUGUACAUAGACGACAUGGUGGUUAAAAGCAAGUUGGUUCCUGACCACAUUGAAGACCUCGGCAACGUUUUUCAAAUACUGAGAAAUUACAAGCUACGACUGAACGCAGCCAAAUGUUCAUUUGGAGUGGGAUCAGGGAAAUUCUUGGGUUAUAUGGUGACUCACAGAGGCAUAGAGGUUAACCCUGACCAAAUAAGAGCCAUCCAUAGCUUGCAGCCUCCUCAGAACCCUAAAGAGGUCCAAAAGCUUACCGGUAUGAUAGCUGCCUUAAACCGUUUCAUCUCGCGCUCAGCAGACAGAUUCAGGCCAUUUUUUCUCCUAUUACACAAGUGGAAAGGAUUUGAGUGGAAUAAGGAGUGCGCUAUAGCUUUCCAACAGCUAAAGGAAUACCUCGCCCAACCACCAAUUAUGUCCAAUCCCGAUGCUGACGAAGUUUUGUUUGCCUACAUCGCAGCAGCCCCACAUGCAGUAAGCUUGGUGCUAAUCCAAGAAGACAACGGCACACAGCGGCCAGUCUAUUACGUUAGCAAAUCACUGCAGGAGGCAGAAACCCGUUAUCUUCCCCUCGAAAAGGCAAUCUUGGCUAUCGUACAGGCCACACGAAAGCUUCCCCACUACUUUCAAGCACACACUGUAGUAGUGUUAACUCAGCUCCCCUUAAAGUCCAUCCUGCGCAGUGCCGAUUACACAAGCAGAAUUGCAAAGUGGGGAACGAUUCUGGGCGCCUUCGACAUUAGAUACAUGCCUCGCACCGCUGUAAAAGGCCAGGUCCUCGCCAACCUAAUGGCAGAAUUUGCGGAGCCCACACUAGAAGGAAAAGAGGUAUCGGUAUUACUAGGGGCUGAUGAGAAGGUGAUCAACACAGUUUCUCCGCGUGGACACACUUGGUGGAAAGCAUACAUUGAUGGCGUAGCGAAUCAAAGGGGCUCAGGGUUGGGACUUGUCCUGCUCUCACCUGAAGGGAUAACAAUAGAGAAGUCAUUGAGACUCGGUUUUUCAGCCACGAAUAACGAAGCCGAAUAUGAGGCGCUAUUGGAAGGAAUGGGGAUGAUCCAGAAAAUGGGGGGGAAAUCCGUGGACAUGUUCUUGGAUUCAAGACUUAUUGUGGGACAGGUAAAUGGAGACAUGGAGGCAAAGGACGAAAGAAUGCAAGAGUAUCUGGUUCGGGUUAAGCACCUACAGACCCAUUUUCAUCACUUCCGCUUGACGCACGUACCCAGAAGUGGGAACACUCAUGCUGAUUCUCUCACGACGUUGGCUACCUCCUCGGCUCAGCCCCUACCUCGAGUCAUCCUGGUAGAAGAGCUCCUCCGUCCAUUAAAAGAGAAGGCCAAUGGGAUUGGAAUACAUAACAUCAGGACAGGACCGAGCUGGAUGGACCCUAUCGUGCUGUACUUAAAGCACGACACCUUGCCAGAUGAUAAGGUUGAGGCUGACAAAAUCAGGAGAAAAGCUACUCGAUUCUGGUUGUCGGAGGACUCCAAGCUUUACAGACGCUCGUUCUCGGGGCUGUUCGGCAAUCCACACACCCUGGUGUCGGACAACGGGCUCCAGUUUGACAGCAAAGCCUUCAGAAGGUACUGCAGUGAGCUAGGAAUUGUUAACCGGUACUCCACGCCAGCAUACCCCCAGAGUAAUGGACAAGCAGAAGCCGUCAAUAAAACCAUAAUGAACGGACUGAAAAAGAGACUAGAUGACGCAAAAGGAAGAUGGGUUGAGGAGCUAGCCCAUGUCUUGUGGAUAUACCGUACCACGCCUCGGAGGUCCACAAGGGAAACCCCUUUUUCAAUGACCUAUGGGGCCGAGGCUGUCAUCCCACUGGAGGUGAACUUCCCAACCCAGAGGACUACCACCUUCUGCCCUGCUACCAAUGACAAACUUCUGGAAAAGAGCUUGGACCUCAUCGACGAAAGAAGGGAAGGCGCAAUGGUCCACCUAGCUAACUAUCAGCAGAAGCUCAAGCAAGGUUACGACGCCAAGGUGAAGUCCAGACCAUUGGCGCUUGGGGAUCUAGUACCGAGGAAGGUCUUGGGCACUGCGAGGAACCCCGUAUGGGGAAAGCUCGGACCAAACUGGGAGGGACCGUAUCGUAUCACUUCCGUAGCCGGCAUAGGAGCCUACUUUUUGGAAGACUUGGAUGAACGUGUAGUACCACGCCCUUGGAAUUUAGUGAUGGAAUAG